AACACUUCUCCACUGUCUCUGUACCGUUUGCCUUCUUUACCUUUCGGCUUUCUUCACAAACACAGCUCUCAUCAUCGCAGAAAAAAACACCGAGAUGCCCGACAAGAACUGCAAAUCUACCUUCCCUGAUCCGAUACGUUGCAAAGACUCCAUCUUUAUCUCGCCAUUGACGGCGCUGCUCCUCGCAUUGCUGCUGUUCGGGAGCUCCGGCCGAGUUCGCGGCUCGAUCCACCAGUACCAGAACGAGACCUUCGCUCACCGCUCCAAUUCCUUCUUCUUCCAUGGCGGCAGCGAGGGCCUCUUCGCCUCCAAGGUCCAUCAUUCCGAUGCAACUGCUAAUCUCACCUCCGACGACAACCCCAUCAACGGGAAAUCCUUCAUCAGGUUUGAGUCUAUCACCUUCCGAAGAACCAAAGAAUCAGCUGCAAAUAAGAAUGAGAUGCAGCAAAGAACUGGGUUAGUCGAGGCCAUAAUAGUCGAUGUUCGAGACCGGCAAAAGAUUGGAGGUGCUUAUAUGAACUCAAAUGUGAUAUGCUGCAAUUCUAAUCUUUCCAAAGAAGGAACCUGCAAGUUGGGUGAGGUGAUCAUUCAGGAUAACCCAGAUGAGCCCAAUGGGCCAAAACGGAUCCAAACAUUCUUCGAAGGACAGAACAAUGAGGCCAAAAUGGAUCUUCGCACAGUGGAGAUCAACAGGACAGGAAUGUACUAUCUUUACUUCAUGUUCUGUGAUCCCGAGCUUAAGGGCCUUUUGGUCAGUGGAACUACUGUAUGGAGAAACCCAGAAGGCUAUUUGCCAGGGAAGAUGGCCCCACUGAUGACCUUCUUUGGCUUCAUGUCUUUAUUUUACUUAGUACUCGGCCUAUUCUGGUUUAUUAAGUUCGUGAAGCACUUGAAGGAUGUGAUACAACUUCACUUCCACAUUACUGCUGUGAUCGCCCUAGGAAUGUGUGAGAUGGCCCUCUGGUAUUACGAGUUUGCAAAUUUCAAUUCCACUGGGACCCGCCCUAUUGGGAUCACCAUUUGGUCGGUGACCUUCACUGCUGUCAAAAAGACUGUUUCUCGUCUCCUCAUCUUAGCGGUUUCAAUGGGAUAUGGUGUUGUGAGGCCGACCCUUGGCAGUAUGACCCUAAGAAUUCUUCUUCUUGGGGCUAUAUACUUUGUAGCUUCGGAAGCUCUUGAGCUUUUCGAACAUCUGGGUAAUGUGAACGACUUCUCAGGAAAAGCGAGGCUGUUCCUUGUGUUACCAGUUGCUCUCUUGGACACCUGCUUUAUUCUUUGGAUCUUUUCCUCGCUAUCUAAAACUCUGGAGAAGCUUCAGAUACGGAGAAGUAUGGCGAAGUUGGAACUCUAUCGGAAGUUUACCAAUUGCCUUGCAGUUUCUGUACUUAUCUCCAUUGCAUGGAUUGGUUAUGAGUUGUACUAUAAUGCGAAUGAUCCCUUGGGUGAACUAUGGAGAAGCGCUUGGACUAUCCCAGCGUUUUGGGUUUUGCUCGCGUAUUUACUAUUGGUGGUUGUAUGCAUUCUUUGGGCUCCUUCAUCCAACCCGACUCGAUACGCGUAUGAGACAGGAGAUGAUCUAGAAGAGGAGAGCGUCUUGGUCACGAGCAGCGGAAUCAAGAUGGGAACCGACUUGAACACAAAGCUAGAAAGGAAGGAAAGAAAGCCUUCAAUUGUGCCAGAGCAUCAUGUGUUUGGGCUUGGAGAAGGCAUGGUGGAGGACAAGAGAGCAUGAAAAUCAGAGCUACCCUUAUCUUAUUGAGUCGGAGUAUUCCCCCUAAAUGUUCAGUAACCUCAACAAUGUGUACAAGAUCGACUUUUAAGGCAACAGAAAGAGCUAAACAACAAAGGAGAGUUUAGAAUAAAUUGCUGAGUGCUGCCUCAAACCGUCUUUUGUUGAUGGAGUACGAGCAUGAUCUUACAUAUUGGGCAGAGGGUACUGUUAGUUUUAGAAGUUGUCAGGGACUUUAGGCAGUUGAUGGGAACCUCCUCAGUAGAGGAGCCUUCUUGUUUAUAUCAUAGACGAAGCUCAAUAAGCUUUAUCAAUAUAGCUGCAAUUUUCUCAUUCUA